GAGGCAUUAAGAUUCAGCCUUGUCACAUAACGUCAAUUAGUCUGUUAUCAACAGCCGACCGUGACAGUGUUUUAAAAAUUAGUUUCGUGACAAAAGUAAUGAAGGUCAUUACUGAGGAUGCUGUGGAAUCAACAAGGUGGCAUCAAACUGAACACAGCUCGUCGCAACUCAGUUCGCCCAGUCACAACGCGAUGAGCCUCGACACAAUUGAGAACGGCCGCAGCUCGCCUUCUAUUAUUAACCGCAAACGUCGGCGGGUAAGUAUCGACGAAAAUAGAUCAGCGGGAGGCGGAAUCUGGUCCUUUCACGACAGCAAAUGGCACCUUACUUCCGAAGAUGGAGAAGAAGUCAGUUUGCUGUACUCGAAACAGGAGGUUUUGCCUCUUCAGGAUUUUGAGGGUGAAGUCAGACCGGCCAUUGACGUCGAACAGUUUCUGGAGCAGUGCGUCCUUCUCCUAGAUGAUGAAGUGGCACAGACAUCGACGCCAGUGGACCUGGUUGAUCUUCUACUUGGCAAAAUGGACCUACCAGUUGGUGUGAUUGAAGAAGCCAAAACAAUUCUCAUCACUCACGACAUUGUUCCAUCCUUGGCCAAGACCAUUCAAGCGACAUACAGCACACGAGACAAUGUCAACAGCAACACCUUUGAUUACGACGAGUCAUGGCUCUGCACAAUGGGUGAUGUUCCAUCAUUGACCCAACGCCAUAUUGCAAUAAUGAGGCUGAAACAUCCAACAAAUAUGGGAGAAACUUGCCAUGACGUUCAAUUGUUUGUGCUUAUCUUGUGUCCUGGGAAAGAGAAAGGGACGAAGAAUGGACUAGAAACUAGCCGCACGUUCGCUACUCUCUUGGCGGAUGUAAAUCUACGACGCCAGCUGUUGGAGGUGACUAGCGAAGAGGAAUUCAAAAAUAUCGUGUUAAAACGAGCGAAAGAGCUUGUCAUUGAACAACAACAAAGUCGUUCGUACGGUCAUAUCAAACUGGACAGCGUCCAAUCGAUUAACAACAGCGAUGCGAAUUGUAAUAAGGUAAAGGAAUUCUGUCGAUUUGGACAAGGCAUUCGCGAAGAUCUUUGUCGCCGUUUGCCUCAUUAUCUUUCAGACUAUGUCGAUGGCAUCGUUGUCCAAACACCGCAGAAAGUAAUGUCUACCACCUUCUUUCUAUACUUCGCUUGUCUACUUCCUGCCAUCGCGUUUGGGGUACUAAACGAUCAUAACACCAACGGAAAAAUUGGUGUCCGUAAAGUUAUAGUUGGCCAAACAAUCGGUGGUUUGUUCUUUGCCUUUUUGGGGGGCCAGCCGUUACUGAUUAUGUUGACAACUGCUCCAUUAGCGCUUUACAUUAAAGUCAUUUCUAGUAUCUGCGACGAUUUCGAGCUGGAUUUUUACGCCAUGUACGGAUGCGUUGGUCUCUGGUGCGCGUUCUUCCUGCUCUUGUAUUCACUGUUUAACGUUUCACGAUUAAUGUGCUGGUGUACUCGUUCGACCGAGGAGAUUUUCGGCCUUUUCAUUUCAAUCGCUUUCUGCGUCGAUGCGUUCCGUGACACGGCUAAAAAUUUUCAGAAGAAUUACAACUCGCCGCAGUGUCAAAAUGAUAACUUCGGGGACAUUGACAGCAACAUCAGUUCAACCUUAGCUUAUUAUUUGCUGAAUCAAACACAAAAUGGCCAUGUCAUUUCCAAUGAUGAGCUCGUCGAAUGCAAUCAAGCCACUUCGGUUCUUUUUCUUUUGCUGAUGCUGGGCACCGUCUGGGUUGGCGUUUUUAUCUUCAAUUUCAAGAAAACGCCGUUCCUCUCGGCCGGCAAACGAGAAGCUCUAGCCGACUACGCAUUGCCUAUUGCUGUCCUCACCAUGAGCUUUGUUGGUUCCUUUUUCUUUCAAGAUAUCAAAGCUGAGCCUUUCCGAUACGACGAUAAUGAAAGUGUUUUCACGGUGACUCCGCUGGAACGGCUGCCCGGAUUGGCUAUUGCCGGUGGUAUGGGCUUGGGUUUUGCUUUAUCUCUUCUCAUUUUGAUGGACCAGAAUAUUUCAUCGGCCAUGGUCAACACACCUUUAAAUAAUUUGAAAAAAGGGCCGGCCUAUCAUUGGGAUUUGUUUGUCAUGGCUAUUUUAACAGCCGCGUUGUCAGCUGUUGGAUUGCCAUGGAUGCACGCUCUUGUACCUCAUUCUCCACUACACGCCCGUGCGUUAGCCGAUGUCGAAGAGAGGGUCCAUCAAGGCCACGUCUACCAAAUAAUUGUUAGAGUGCGAGAGACUCGACUGACGGUCCUAUUUUCGCACAUUCUCAUCGGCUUGUCGCUCCUUUUGUUGCCUUAUCCGUUGGCUUACAUUCCACCUUCCGUUCUCAACGGCCUAUUCCUCUACGUGGCCGUCACCGGUCUAGGCGGCAAUCAGUUAUUUGAACGCGUUGCACUCUUCUUUACGGAGCAAUCCGCUUAUCCACCCAAUCACUAUAUCCGUAGGGUUCCGCAGCGUAAAAUCCAUCAGUUUACCUGUUGCCAACUAGCCCAGUUGAUGCUCAUGUGUCUGUUUGGCUUCGUGCCAUGGCCGUACAUGAAGAUGGUCUUCCCGGUCAUUCUCCUCUCGUUGUUGCCCAUUCGUCACCUCAUCGUCCCACGUCUCAUAGAACGUCGUUUCCUCAAAGCGCUGGACAGUAGCGAGCACUAGAGUUCCAGCAAUUCCCAACUGUAUGCUCAGUUAAGUAUACAAUUCUUUAACAAUUUGGACAUUUGAAAACUGUAGUCAUCCUCUUUUUUAUUUUAACAUGCUUGUUUUUCUGAAAUGUAUAACCUAAUCGCAUUAGAAAUGUGUCUUUUGGCCAUAAUCUGAGGUACUCGUACGAGCAACGGUAUGAAAAUUCAGCAUGCAGGCCACGGGCGUGUUUCAUUAUCUCUAAUAAGUUUACGUGUUGCCCCGAACAUAGACAAAUACUACUUGUUGUUUUGAAAUGCAAACAGUGUCACACCUUA